AUGGUUACAAAGAAAGGUGUAUAUAUUCUCUGGAUACAUGACCAGCAAUUCAGUAAGGAGGAAGUGGUUGUCAAUCCAGAUCACUUCCCAAAGUUAAAGGUUAAUGAUAUUCUAGAGAUAGCGUCACCAGCCAAUCCACAGAGAAAGCUGUGUCUGCGCGUCAAGUCGUUGGCACCAGUGAAGGGUGCUCUCCAGAUAAGCGUGGCGAAAUACAUUGCCUCGGUGUUUGAUUUCGUAUCGCGUCGUGAAGUGAUAGUCAAUGUCAUCGCUGACAAACAGGCAAUCGUCGACUUUGUAGAGUUGUCGUUCAAGGAUCACGCAGAGAUUCUCGAUGAGAUUCCAGACAUUCCGCGUAACUCGCGCGGUCAGCUCUUCCAAGAUUUCUACAAGGUGGUCGUAAGCGAUGAGACACGACAAGACUGGAGUUCUGUCAUUGUCAAUCUGAAACGCGAGUUUAACAACUAUCAUCAAAUGGUAAACUGGGACAUCUACGGAAGAAACUCUGCACUUGGAAAGAACUCUACUGCUUCCCAAGGUAACUUCUUAGAGGCAAUCAAUCUUGGUAUGUCUUAUUUUGAUAAACAUUAUAUUGAUAGAGAUUUCACUAGAACAGGUCAAAUGAUUGUAGUAGUUUCACCUGGCACUGGAAUAUUCGAAGUGGAACCAGAGAUUAAUUUGCUGACAAAACAGAGAAUGAUUGACAAUGGUUAUGGUUGUGAUUUAAUCUGUCUAAACAAACAACCUCUACAUAUUGUACCACUCUUUAAAUAUUCAAAUUUACAUCCAAAGAGACAACCAUCAAUAGAUAUAAAAUCAAAUAGUUUAUUUAAUGUACCAUAUUGGCUGGCAAUCAGUUUUUAUAAUGAAAAUACCAAUAGUUCAGACAUGAAUAAUAUUCAAUCGUAUAAUAAGUUUGUACCGCAGUUUAGAAUACCGGAUUCACCAAUCAACUAUUUCAGUGAUAACGCAGGUGAUCAGAGCAGUAGUUAUAGUGGCGGCAGGUCGAAUAACUCUGACUUUUUCGUGCCGAAAGACCCUAGAAAGCUGCCGGCUUUUGCACUACAGAAACCACCCAACAAAUAUACAUCUCAUACACUCGGUGUCAACUCUUAUGAAGACACCAUUUUCAACAUUCCCGAAAAGAUAAUGAGCGGAGAAUCGAAUCAACCACCCAUCGGUGAGAUACUAGACGACUACAUGCAGACCGACACAGACAUGUCCGAAGUCAGUGACACUGAAGAUAUACCAAACAAUACACCAUCCAAUUAUAAUCAUUUAUUAAAUAGAAAGAGAAAUAGUUUAUCAAUUAAACCAUCUAGUUCACAUGAAAGAACAUCUACAAUGUCGUCGGGAUUUGUUGCCAAGAAGAAUCAACAACACUCAACUUCAUACUCUAGUUCUUUCGAUAAGAAUUUUGUGGCGAAUCAAUUGUUGUCUGGAAGCAGAAAUAGGUCGUCGACGAUUCAGUCUCAGGCUGGACAGCAAGCUGUCAUUCCUCCGAUGUACCAACAGCCAAAGACUAUCAAUCCAUUUACCUAUGAUAACACUCCGUUCCAUCUGACAUCGAAUCGUCGUCGUUGGUCACAUCUCUGGUUCUCACCAAACACCUAUAUCUUUGGUACGACCAACACCAACCCGAAUCCAUUCCUUCCCAAUUGGAAAUCGCUAUGUGAACCUGCUUCUCUACCGAUAACAACGGACUACUUUCCUUCGCAAAAAGACUUACUCACUAAAUACAUAGAGUAUGUCCAUACACUUACACUUUCACCCGAUGAGAAUGAAUAUCACAACAACACAGAGGCAUUGCUAAAAGAGUUGAUAUCACAGCGUUUGGCACAGGGUUACCAGUUGAUCAUGGCGGAGACACCCUCUGGCAGCGGCACCAACGCCACACCGUCCACGCCACAACAGGCUACAGCACAGGCACCAUCCACACCACAACAAGCACUCAGCGGUGCUCGAACCAUCAAAAAGAAAGUAUAUCAACUCUCACUUGGACACGACUUCCAUGUGAUAACAUACGAUCCGUCCAAUCUAAGUAUCCAGGUAAAGCGUUACCAGCGAAACAGUGGCAGAGAUCUGCCCAACUCUCUCCAAUACAUCUACUUCCUCUGUACAGCAUACCACAACCAAUUCAUCACUCAAUCCAUCACACUUUCACACCAGGCAUCUGGUAGCUACCCUUGGAACACACUCGACAAUCUUAUCUGCGGUACCAUUAGCGAAAUUAAAUCGAAUCUAAGAUACUGGAGAGUUCAAUUUGCCAUAUUACCACUUAAUAAUAAUAAUAAUAAUAAUAAUGAACAAUUAACCUUAAAUAGCAAUAAUAAUAAUAAUACUUUGAAUGUUGUAGAUAAUAAUCAUACAGUUAUUGCCAAUAAUCAAUUAUCACCAACAUUACAAUCACCUUCACUUUCACCACCUGCUCAAACAUCGUUGUUGACAACUAUGAUUAACAGUUCCAAUCCGAUAGCACAAACCAAUAGUACAGUUUCAUCAAGUAACAAUGUUCAACCAGCACCCACAAGUGCCAGUGCACCAACUUCACCCGUUAGUAUAAAGAGUCCGAUCAAUGUCAAUACUAAACCAUCAAACUCCAACCAACUUUUACCUGGUCCAAACCAACAGAAACCACUCAAUUCCAAUACAACUUCACCCACCACCUCUCAAGAGCUAUCCAAUACAACUUCGGAGGGUGGACUGAAUGUAAAUGCACCGGAACACACCGAAGAUGAAAGAGUUACAUCUUUCACCAAGUUCAAAGAGUUUGUCAACUCUAUCAUCUCAAAGAAUAGCAAUCAAACACUGGUUGCUGCUAAUAAUAACACUACCAGUGCCAACAAGAUGGAGGUCAAGAUAAUAUCGACACGCCAAUUGAUGGCCCUGGAAAAUACACUGUUGGAAAUGGUUCCAUCGGCUUCUUUACCCGACCAACAUUCACUGCCGUCAGAGUACGCCGUCAAAGAGAAACUGGCACCGAUCGACAUUGACGGUAUUUUCAAUCGCAUGAAUCUACCGCAACCAAUCGGUCUAAAGAUGGUAGACAGGAAACAUCGUUUGCGUACCUAUCGCAAGUGUUUUGUUGGUUCUGAGAUCAUCGACUGGAUGCUUCAGAACGUGGAUGUGAUAUCACGUGACGAAGCAAUGUCACUCUGUCUAUUGAUGGUCGAGCGCAAGUUCAUCAAAGCAGUCGAGAAGAAUCAAUUUGUUGACGGAUUCCAUUAUUAUCGAUUGAAAGAAGACGGUCCCAUGACCACAACCAGUCUAUUCUCAUCUUCGUCGUCGUCGUCAUCGAAUUCCACCGCUCAAAUCAAGAAGGAACCAAUCACACCAUCACAACCAACCAAGAUGCCAUCGAACAGUUCACUUUCCAACUUGGUGGAGCAUGAACAACAACACUUGAACAGUGCAAGUGCUGCUGGUUCCACUAAUUCAACUCAACCCAAUUCACCUACUUCCAGCGUUCCAACUUCCAACAACAAUAACAACAACAGAAAAGAUACAUCUCCAACAAUCGAAUCUUCACCAAAUUUCUCACCGAAAUUAACACGUAUGCUAUCUAGCUCCUAUAUGGAUGGUGGUACUUCGCCAGCCAACAUCAUACCAGAGUUGCGUAACUCUGUUGGAACUCCAGGUCUUGCUUCCUAUGCACCCGGUGGAAACUAUCUGCUACAGCAACAACAACAACAACAACAAUCCUCAAUGUUGUCAUCAACUUCAACAAUGACACCAUCAACUAAUAACAUAUUAGACAGCUAUGAGAAUCCAAAUCAAACUGAAGAACAAAAGAUUGAGAUGGAUCCUUCCAAGACCGAUCGUUAUGAGUGGAUCAUGAUGAAAUACGAUAAAUCAUUUACACCCUCUAGAUAUUAUCAUAUCGAAUUCAAGUGGAUGGUCUGUACAGGUUGUGUUGUCGAUGAAUUUGUAGGCAGUUGUAUCCGUAAAGCCAAACAGUUUGGUCUGACACUGAUCCAAGUUCCAAUGGAAAAGAAAUACAGUCCAUUCUACGCACCAACACACAUCAAGUUGGUGAUGAAGCUGAUGCAACCAGAGGUGAUCAAGGUGAUCUUGGCACAAUUCAACUUCAUACCCGAUCUAAUUCGUAAGCGACCAACCAGUCUUGUCACAAGAAACGAUCUCUAUCUAUUCUCGGAUUCCGACGUGUUCUACACCGAGUAUAUUCAUCGCACAGGAAUGUUGUUUGUGCGUGUAGUUGAAGAUGGAUUCAUGUGUAUAGUUAAUAACGCACCUUCCAACCGACAGUUCCUCCCGGCCGCUCUGACAUGUCUGAAAGGAUUCCAGGAUUUGGUGACACAACUUAACUCCACGAUGCCAUCGAUUAUCUACCAUACUCCCGACUCUCCAUCUCUGUCAUUCGAAGAUUCAUUCCUUCAUUCGGGUUCGCCACAGUCGAAUCUACUUCGAUCGCUACCACCACAAGAAGCAAACUUCCUUUCAUUGUUUGCACAAGGUUACACAGCUGGUGAUAAUCUAUCUUCCUCACCAGAGGAUGAACUAUCAUCACGUCCCAAUAACGAUUCAAACAAAGAUCACACUGACAACCCUUUAUCUUCAGACAACAACAUCAGUGAUACAGAAAUGGAACUCAAUCACACACAUCCAGAAGCAAUGUGGGAAUCACAAGAAAUCAUAUAUUAUAGUGUAAUGUCAAGAUCACCAACCAUAUAA